UUUUCCCAAAUACGCUAGGGUUCUUUUUUUUCAAACUUCUCUCUCUAGUCUCUAUCACCAUUGAUACACUGGUGCGGUUGUGCCGAUGGAAGAAAAUGAAAGUAGGGUAAGCGAAGCCUGCGAAGGUGGGGGUUCAAAUUAUAGCAUACCUAACACUGAAUGUCUCAGUCCUGAUGAAGCUCCAAAGAAAAGGAAAGUCAUGCAACCUAGAUCUGAUGCUUGGAACCAUUUUGAGAAGUAUGAUGAUCCUAGUGGAGCUAAAAAAGCAAAAUGUAAGUAUUGUAAAAAAACUUAUGCAGCUGCUACGAAAGGUAAUGGUACUACAUCAAUGAACAAUCAUCUCACUAAGUGUCCCAAAAUGCCCCGUAAAAUAAAAAAUAGUCAAACACAACUAAGUUUUCUACUAGCUUCAAAUGGGGCAAAUGAAGGGGUGCUUACCACUUGAAAAUUUGAUCAAGCACUUAGUAGGUGAGCUUUAGCUCAAAUGAUAAUUUUGGAUGAACUGCCAUUUAGUUUUGUUGAAAAUGAAGGAUUUAAGAAGUUUAUAGGAGUCACAAUACCUCAAUUUAAAAUUCCUUCUCGUAGAACAUUGACAAGAGAUUGUUAUGAACUUUAUUGUGAACAAAGACAGUUUGAAGAAGUCCUUCAAUGAAGCACGUCCAAAAAUCUGUCUUACAACAGAUACUUGGACUUCUAUACAAAGAAUAAACUAUAUAUGUCUUACUGCUCACUUUAUUGACAGCGAUUGGAAAUUGCAUAAAAGGAUAAUAAACUUUUGUCCUAUCUCUAGUCAUAAGGGUGAUGAUAUGGCGGCGGUUAUUACUAAUUGCUUGCUUGAUUGGGGUUUGAAAAAUAUAUUUACUAUAACGGUAGAUAAUGCUAGUUCCAAUGAUGUCACAGUAAGAGAAGUGUCUAAAUAAUUUACUACUUGGGGAACUAAUAUAAUGAAUGGUAAACACCUGCAUGUUAGAUGUAUGGCUCACAUACUUAGUCUCAUUGUACAAGAUGGGUUGAAAGAAAUUGGUGUUUCUAUCAAGAGAGUUAGACAAGCUGUGAGAUACAUUAGACUAUCUCCCGCUAGGAUUAGAAAGUUUAAAGAAUGUUGUGAAUCUCAAAAGUUAACUUCCAAGAGAACAUUAUGCUUAGAUGUUUCUACUCGAUGGAACUCUACAUACAUGAUGUUAGACACAACACAAUAAUUUGAGCUUGCCUUUGACAAAUAUAGUUUCUUUGAUACUGGAUUGUUGCAUCAUCUUCGUACCUAUGUAUGUGAAGAUGGAACUAGUGCAGGUGAUCUCACAAGUGAUGACUGGGAUAAUGUGAGAAUAAUGGUAAAAUUUCUUGAAGCUUUUUAUUUGCUUACUUUUAGGGUCUCUGGUUCUAUUUAUGUCACUUCUAAUAUACAUUUUGUUGAAAUUUGGGAGCUUGAUCUUAUUUUGAAAGAGUGAAUGGAACAUGAAGAUGCUAGUUUGAGAGAAAUGGCAAAAAAAAUGAAAGAAAAAUUUGUCAAGUAUUGGGGCUAACCUGAAAAAAUGAACAAUAUGAUCCUUAUUGCAUCAAUUUUGGAUCCCCGUAACAAGUUUGACUAUGUUUCCUUUUGCAAUUGUGAGGAUGUUUGGAGAAAAAGAAGGGAAGAAAUUGAUUGUAGAAGUGAAAAAUUAUAUGGAUUCUUUGUUUGAUUAUUAUGUAAAGAAAAAUUCAAAAGGAUCUACAUCUGCUUCAUCUGGAAACACAACAGCUACCGUGAGUAGUUAUGGUAGCUUUUUGAAAAGAGAAACAAUGAGAACGAAAUUGAAAUUUGAGAAACAUAAGGAAGUGACAGGAGGUUUAGGUGCUAAAUCAGAGUUAGAUAGAUAUCUUGCUGAAGAUAUUGAGCCUGAAACAGAUGAGUUUAAAAUCUUAAAGUGGUAAAAAAUCAAUGAGCCUAGAUUUCCCAUUCUUGCAGAGAUGGCUCGUGAUGUGUUAGCCAUUCCUAUUUCAAGUGUUGCAUCAGAAUGUGCAUUCAGUACUGGAGGUCGCAUUCUUGACUUGUUUAGGAGUUCGUUGACGCCUAAACUGGUGCAAUCUCUUAUUUGUCUUCAAGAUUGGCUUAGAAGUGAACCUAUGCCUAUUAAAGUACCCAAGUAUAUUUUGGACUGGGUUGGGCAAUGACCCAGUUAUUGACCUAAUACCCGCCCAGAUUCACCCCAAUCAGCCUAUUUGCCACCCCUAAUUUCUUAUUACGAGUAGUUAGAGCAUGUAGGUCCUUUUGAAGCCUUCGUAAUCAGUAUGGAUGGACCUUAAAUCUCCGCUCCAUAAGAGGUUUGCCCUUUCUGACAGAACAGAGAAAGAACAAAAAAAGGAUAAAAAGGAAAAGAUCACCAAAUAUAAAAAUUUUAAGCACAAUGUAGAGUGAUGUUACUUAUCGAACAAAAUAAGGGAAGCCAGCGUGAAAUUGCGUUUGGUGAAUGCAGACACGUCCGAAAAGCCAACCUAAUUAAUGAAAAGAGACAAAAAGCCACUGGAUUACUCGAAUAUUUUGAAACCCAGCGUAAUUAAUGCGCUAAUGAACGUGAACGUGACUGCUCAAGCUUCUGUCCAGCCCAUUCUAACGAGGCGGGCAUCUUUUUUGAAUGGAUAAAUUUUAGUUAAAUUCCCAGAAGUAGAAGUUGAUCGCAUGAAUGUAAUUAAAGGCCUACAAUAUGCAGUUGUUGGCAAAUUAUCAUACGGUUGGCCAAAACUGCAGGAGUUGUGCCGAAUCAUCCCCAGUCAAUGUGAAAUUAAAAGAGAAUGUAGUAUUGGAUUCCUUAGAGAUCGAUAUGUUUUAAUUAGAUUGAUGCUAUGGGAAGAUUUCAUCAAUUUUAUAUCGAAAAGCGCUUAUUAUGUUAAAGCCAAAGAUGGUUAUGCAUACCAAUUACGACCACUUAUUUAUGAUGCAAAAUUUAAGGCAAGGGAAGAAACUCUAAUGGCUAUGGCGUGGAUUUCUUUUCCAGACUUGCUGGCUACUUACUUUGUUAAGGAAUACUUGUUUUCAAUAGCUUCAGUUGUGGGGAAGCCGUUGCAUCUUGACAUGGCUACAAUUAACAAAACUAGGCCUAGUUGUGCAAGAGUCAAGGUCCUAGUUGAUUUGCUACCAGAGUUACCUAAGAAGGUGCGGAUGGACAUCGAAAAUGAGGCUACUUGUGAUGUCAGGAUAGAGUGGGUAAGAAUUCAAUAUGAUAUGUUACCUAAGUAUUGUAAUGAUUAUAGGUUACAAUGUCAUAAUGAAAUUGAAUGUUGCGUAUGCAUCUAGAAUUAAUGGAGAAUAAGGGCUGUGAUAAGAGGGUUGUUAAUGAUGAAGACUAGGAGAGAGGCAAAGAUAAAUCUCCUUUGAUGAUUCUCACAAGUGAAAAAGUAGUAGGAAAUGUAGGUGAACAAUGGAAGGAAGUUCGAGAUAAUCGAGUGAAGAACAGAGCCAAGCAAAGUCAGGAACAAGAAAAAACUUGCAAAGUAAUCGUUCCAGUUGAUGGUACAGUUCAACAAGUUCAAACAACUAACAACUUUGCUAUUCUUGAGAUAGAAGAAGGAGAUAAGGAAGAUAAUAACCAGCUGGUCUUGGUGGAAAUUAGUAAUGUUGAUCGCAGUCAUAAGGUAUCUCCUAGGGUGACUAAGAAUGGUACUCCAAGAUCAGCUAUCAAACUAAAUCCUAAGGCAUCUGUUUUUAAUCCUAAUGACAAAGGGAUUGAGACUGUUUGUCAAUUACAAAAGGAAUCUACUACACAAUGGGUGAGUAGGAAUUUUGGAGGUGGUUUAGUUUCUACCAAUCGUUCUUGCCAGCAAAUUCCAUCGCAAACAGUUGACACAGCAAAGUCCAUUGCAUUGCUUAUGGAAGAAGUGAAACAACAGGCAAGUGGGGGGAAAUUAUGGAGUGAACAAAUUGAGGAGGAUUCUGAGGAAGGUGAAAUACCUGAUGCAAUGGAAGAUGACGAUAUAUCCACUAAAUAUGAGGUAGAAGAAAAACAAGGUGUUAAUGAGAAGGCCAAGGAACAUAUCAGUAACAAACAAAUUCAGUGUGAAGAAGGCAGCAUUGCAAGUAGAUAUUGUGAUCCUAAUUUGAUGCAGAACCCUAACCAAACAACAUGUACAAGACAUUCAAUUGAUCAGGUGGGCUCAGUGGAUCCAGGAGAAACUAAUGGAGUUGAAACAAUGUUGAGAAAUGAGUCUGAAGCUGAAAACAAUACAACUUUGACACAUACAAAUGAUGAGCUAGGGGGGACAAGUAAUAUAAUGCAGAAGGAUCAGAUGGUAAGCUCUACUGAAACUCAAGAAACUGCUGGAAAGGAGAAGGGAUGUGAAACUCUAAUUCCUAAACAUGUGAGAACCGAGCUUGGAACUCAAGUAAACACCAAGGAAUAUGUGGGGAUUUUGGGCACAGAUGGUAAGGAUCUGGAUGACGAAUCCACAACACAAAACUUCCUCAACAUAGCUAGGCAAGGAGAUAUAUCUCCAAGGCAAAUGGAGAAAGGGAAAUUAGCUGGCCGUGGAAGGAAAAAGUAACAAAAGGAUAGCUCAAAUGUACAAACAGUUGGGAUUCAAACGAGAAGGAACCAAUCUAAAUCUCAUAAUUAGAUAUGAAUGUAAUCAUAUGGAAUGUGAGAUCGGUUAACACCAAAAAAGCCUUUACUAGGCUUGUCAAUAUGAAUAGACAACAUCAUUUUCAAUUUAUUGGAAUUAUGGAGCCAAUACAGCAAAUGAGGAAGUUGGAAAGAUACAGAAGAAGGAUAGGCUUUGCACAAGCCUUUGUUAACAUUACCAACAAACUAUGGGCUUUUGUAGAUGAAGAUCAUAUUGUAGAUAUCUUAUUUGACAUGGAGCAACAACUAACUAUGAAGCUGACCAAUGUUGAUACCCAUAAGAGUUUUAUUGUCACGCUGGUAUAUGAAAAAUGUACCGCGAUAGAAAGGAUUGAAUUAUGGGACUCUCUGUAUGCCUUAGCCACAGUUAUGACUUCACCAUGGCUUGUAACUGGAGAUUCUAAUGUAAUAUGGAAUGAAGAAGAGAAAUUUGGUUGACUGUCAGUAUCACUGAAUGAAGUAAAUAAUUUCCGAUAUUGUGUUAACAAAUGUAAUUUAUUUGAUCUUGUUUUCAAAGGGAGCAUUUAUACAUGGUGGAGUGGUAGAGCGGAGGAAGAUUGUAUUUUUAAAAGAUUGGAUAGAUGUUUAACUAACACUGAAUUCCAACAAAUGCUAGCCAGGAUAGAGGUCACUCAUCUAUCAAAAAUAGGAUCAGAUCAUUGUCCUCUACUGCUGUCAUGCAACCCUACAACUGUGCCAAUUAAGAAAGCAUUCAGGUUUUUAAAUUUUUGGACCAAACAUCCAUCGUUUAAGGAAGUUGUUAAAGAAAAUUGGUGUGUUGUUUUGCUGGAAAUCCAUUCUUUGUUUUUAAUCACAAGUUGAAAAGGCUGAAGCGAGCUCUAUCUCUAUGGAGCAAAGCUACCUAUGGUGUUAUUUUUUAGAAGAUUGCAAGCUUAGAGGAGGUGGUAUUAGUGCAUGAAGCUCAGUUUGAACACAACUCAUCGCAAUAGAACAGAGCAAGGUUACAAAAAAUACAAGCAUAAUUGAUAAGAUAUUUGGCUUUGGAGGAGGAUUUCUGGAAACAAAAAAUAGGAAUGUCUUGGUUUCAAGAUGGAGAAAGAAAUACACACACAAGUAAAUGGAAGGAGGAAGAGAUUGCAUCUUAAACGAAUACAAAAGAGAGAUGGGAAUUGGAUAGAAGACAAAGAAACAAUGGCUGAAGAGGUAGUAAACUUUUUCAAGGAACUGUUUCAUGAAGAUCAGGUUCCUACAGCUUUUGGCAUUAUCGAUCAUAUACCAUCAAUGGUAGAUUAUGAACAGAAUCAGGAACUAUUGAAACAACCUACAAUAGAGGAGGUAAAAUGGAUUGUUUAUGGGCUUACUAGAGAUAGCGCAGGAGGACCUAAUGGCUUUAUAGGUUUCUUCUUCCAUGUAUGUUGAGAUAUAGUAGGAGAAUACAUUGUGGAGAUGGUGAAAGCUUUCUUCAAUGGACAUGAACUGCCUAGAUCCAUAACUCAUACAAAUCUGGUACUGCUGCCAAAGAAGAAAGAAGUGAUUUCAUAUUCAGACAUGUGACCUAUUAGCCUCAGCAACUUCAUAAACAAGGUGUUUUCCAGAGUUAUUCAUGAGAGGCUAGUUGGCUAUCUUCCUAAUCUGAUAACAGAUGAGCAGGCAGGCUUCGUGAAAGGCAGGAUCAUAGUGGAAAAUGUUUUGCUAACACAAGAGAUGAUAUUAGGUUGAGAACUAAGGCUGGUCCAAACGUGAUGAUCAAAUUAGAUAUGACAAAAGCCUAUAAUAGGCUAUCUUGGUUGUUCCUGACUAAGGUUUUGAGGAAAAUGGGAUUUGGGGAAAGGUUCAUUAGCCUGAUUUUUGACAUUAUAUCAAAUAACUGGUAUUCUGUCUUGCUUAAUGGAUAACCAUGUGGAUUCUUCAAAUCAACAAGAGGUGUGAAGCAGGGUGAUCCUUUGUCGCCAACAUUAUUCAUUCUUAUUGCUGAAGCAUUGUCAAGGGGAGUAAAUGCAUUACAUAUGAACCUUUACUUUUGUGAAUUUGGAUUGCCUAAGUGGAACCCUAAGAUUAAUCAUCUAGCUUAUGCUUAUCAUACAAUCAUAUUCUCAUCCUCUGAUGCUACCUCGUUGCAAUUGGUGAUGGAAGUCUUGUAUGCAUAUGAAGGUGCUUCUGGUCAGUUGAUUAACAAAAGCAAAUCUGCCAUAUAUAUGCAUCACUCAACCAGUACACAUGUCGUGCACAAGGUGGAAAGGAUCACUGGGAUAUCCAAGAAGGAAUUUCCAUUCAUGUACCUUGGUUGCCCAAUCUUCUAUUCCAGAAGAAGGAUAGACUACUAUCAAGGUCUCCUUAACAAGGUGUUAGACAAAUUACAAGCAUGGAAAGAUAAACUUCUUUCUAUAGGAGGUAGGGUUGUCUUGAUCAAAUAUGUUCUUCAAAGUAUAACAAUUCACCUCCUUUCAGCAGUAAAUCCUCCUGCUUAUUUGAUCAAAAAAUUGCAAAAGAUCUUUGCCCAGUUAUUCUGGUGUAAUUCUGUUGGUGGCUCGAGCAGACAUUGGCAUCAUGGAACACAUUAUGUAUGCCAUGUGAGUAGGGGGGAUUUAGAUCUCUCGAUGAUGUUUCAAAGGCUUUGUUUUGCAAACUGUGGUGGAACUUUAGAACAAAACCUACUAUGUGGAGUUCAUUUAUGUGUCAAAAAUACUACAAAAAACUCAAUCCUAUGGUGGUACCAUGGAGGGAUGGAUCACAUGUAUGGAAGAAAAUGCUCGAAUGCAGGGAUUUAGUUGAACACCAAAUUGUGUGGCAUACGAAAAUGGGAUCAACUCUGUUCUAGUUUGAAAACUGGACAAGUUUGGGGGCUUUGUAUUUCAUGACUCCACCUGAUUUCUUUUGUGAUGAAACAGUUCAUAAUGUGCAUGAUGUAAUGCAAGAUGGACAGUGGGAUGAAGCCAAAAUUAGAGAAAUAUUGCUAGAGGAAAUUGCCAACCACAUACUUGAACACACUAAAGCACCAGUGAUACAUGAUGUACUGGAUAAGCCAUUUUGGAUGCUGGAAUCUAGGGGAGAUUUUAGUGUAAAAUCAUCUUGGGAAUAUGUGAGAAGGAGGCAAGAACCAUGCAAUGCUUAUAAGAAGAUUUUGGUGAAAGGUUUACCAUUUAAAAUAGCUUCUUUAUGUGAAAAUUAUGGAGAAAUAAGCUACCACUAGAUGACUUUAUCAGAAGAUUGGGCUAUUUGAUGGCUUCUAGGUGUUGGUGUUGUAAUAAUUCGAUGAAGGAAAUAAUGUAACACUUAUUUUUCACGUCCUAUGCUGCUAGAAGAGUGUGGUCGUAGUUUUUGCCAAGUGCAGGAAUUAGGAUAGAGGAGCUUACAUUUCACCAAGCUAUAAUCAAGUGUUGGAAUGCUGAUGUAAUACCAAGAAUACAGCCUAUAAUUCAGGAAAUGCCACCCAUUAUUGUAUGGGAGUUGCGGAAGAGAAGGAACAACUACAAAUAUGAAGAUGGAGUAACUGUGAGUAGGGUCAUUUACCAGGUAUCUAAUACACUCCAAUCACUUGUCAAAUUUAGGAAGCCUAGCCUACUUCACGUACCUCACAAAUGGCCAGAUUUAGUUACAAUGAUGGAACAAUAUCUUCCUAAGUUGAAGAUUACUAAGGUGUUAUGGGAGUUCCCAACAACAGGAUGGAUUAAAGUGAACAUUGAUGGGGCUUCUAGGGGCAACCCUGGGAGAAGUGCUAUUGGCUUUGUUCUAAGGAAUGAAGAGGGAUAUAUGAUGUAUGCGUGUGGUAAAGAAAUACCUGAAGGAACUAAUACAAAAGCAGAAGCUAAGGCCAUAGUUCAAGGUCUUAGAUUUUGUAUUGAACAUGAUUAUAUCAUUAUUAAUCUGCACACAGAUUCUAUGAUAAUGAAGAAUGCAGUGAAAGGAGAGUGGUUUGUUCCUUGGUCUGUCGCAAGAGAAGUGGAGAAAACCAAACAACUAAUGUCAAGAUAAAAUGUUACAAUAACCCAUACUCUUAGAGAAGGAAACAAACUGGCAGAUCAUCUUGCUAACUAUGCACUAGAUAUUGGUCCCAUUGAGAGCACUUGCUUUGGUGAGAUGGAUAUUCAAGAAAGGAGGAUCGUGAAUGAUGAUAAAUCUCAAUGUCCAUAUUUAAGAAUAAGAAUUGCAGGAAGUUAGGAGGUGAGGAAGAGAAGAGCACAAUGGGGAGGAGGUCCACUGGAAGUAACAGACUCGAUCACCUUGAUCAAACCCUUAGGGAGGAGGCCAUGGGGGACAAUGUUUAUACUAAUGUUGUUUUAUGUUUUGUAGGGAAAGUUACUGUAUCCAUGCAUUACUAUCUGAUACAAGCUAAAUGGGUGGUAUUAGCACCCUGUGCUCAUUCCCUUGAAGGUGUAUUAGUCGUAAGUACAAGCAUGGAAUCGAGCUUGGAGACAAUUCGUCAAAAGAAAAUUUAGCAAAUGGACAGUGUCAAAUUAGCCGUCAACUAUAAGAAACAAUUGCUGAAUAUCCAACCCGAGAAAGUGUUGUAUAUUUGCGUACUAGCAACAGGUAUUACAACCAUAACAAAGAUUUAGAGAUACAUCAGAUGGCUGCCCAGAAUUUUGGCAAAGGAAUUUGCACGAUGUUAUGGACUUUGGAAACAAAUUAAAGGAUCUAUACAAGUACUGCGGACUAUGAUCUCAAUACUUCCCACAUAUCCAACAUCCAAGAUUUGGUUUUGUAUGAAAUAUUCAUUGAUCUAUAGCUAGCGCUCACACAUAAAUGGAACCAAACAAUACAACAUCAUCAUAUCACACAGGAAUUCAACAGUGGGAUUUCUUCCAGUCACGGGAGAUUCUGUUAGGUGGAGGAACAAUACAGAUACACAUAUGGUAUUGAAACAUUAUAUGAACAGGUUUGCCACUUGGGAAUCAGGGGAACUCUGGAGAAUACUAACAUGAUACACGAUGAAGGGAAAAUAUGGACAAAUGAUAUCAACAUGGGCAAGCAGGACUUAUAUGAAUGCCUACGACAUUGUGCUCACUAUGAAAAAGUGGCAUUGGACUACUCCUUUUGGGUCAGCAAUGGACAAUCCGAAUACUUAGGUGGACUACUGGACUCUAGACAUCAGGAGGAAAAAGUAACGAUAUGGGAAUGGACUGGUAGAUGCAAGGAGAUGCAAGACAUGAAGAGGAAAGGCAAUGCAGUAGAUAUUGCGAUAACACAUUAUACUCGAUAUGUGGAUGACCAGAAGAGCUACAACUACAAAGAUGAUGCACAUGGUAUUUGGGAAAGGAACACUAUGGCUACAUAACUGGUUACAUUAGGCUCGUAUCUAUUAGGGCACAGGGAAGAUGGCCAAACAUACAACAAAAGAAGAUUACAUUGUGAUAUUUAUUAUCGAAGACUUAGCAUGGCUAGUUUUUAUAAGUUGCUUUAUUAUAUUACAUUGUGUAAUAUUAGUGUUGUGUACUACGCUCAACACUGAUAAUAGGGGCUAUGUACUUGUCAAAUUUUAUUUCUUUCACUUUGUAAGACCCCUGACAUUUGUUUUGUUCUUUCUUUUUGAGAUAUUUAUAUAAAAACUAGCCCUAGACACACUGUCUAGUGGAUUACUAAAAAUAAGUAUCUCUAUUAUGCCCCGCAAUAUGGUAGGUCGAUCAGAAAUAUCAAUCUUGGAACAUAGCAGCUCAACAGAGCUACUUGGAAGAGGUUUUAUAAGCAUGCCAGCUAGUUGCUCCUUCGACAAAACAUGAGCAACCUGAAGAAGACCUUGCUGGACUAAUUUACGUACAAAAUGAUAAUCAAGUUCAACAUGCUUCAUACGAAACUAGAACACAGGUUUAGCACAAACAUAUGGAGUACCAAGAUUAACAUAGCAGAUGACAAGUUCUGAGAGGGAGUAACAGAUAACUCCUCGAGAAGAUUACGCACCCAAUAAAGUGUAGUAGUAGAGGGAAUGGCUCUAUAUUUUUGCCUCCAUCGAAGAGCAAGUCAAAACUUAUUUCUUGGAACUCCAUGAGAUUGGAUGACAGCCAAAAAACACAAUAUAAGUUGUAGUGGACGAGCAACCAUCACGAUCACCAGCCCAAUCAACGUCAGAAAAGGCAUGAAUCAAGAGAGGAUAAUUUUUCUAAAGAAACAGACAACGAUCAGAUAUUCCAAUCAAGAUAGAGCAAAGCACAUUUUACCAUGGUCCAUUGAGUUGUCGUGGGACAGCUUGUAAACUGAGACAACUUGUUGACUAUAAAGGCAACAUCUGGGCGAGUAAGAUGCAAAUACUGCAAGCUUCCAACUACAUUCCUAUAUUUUGUGGGAUCUUCAAGGGGAGAACCAUCUUUAGAACCUGGACAUGAGCCAAUAGCAGUAGGUGUCCUCAUUGGUUAUGCAUCUGCCAUGUUGGUUCUUUCAAGUAUCUCACAAUUAUAUUUCUGUUGGUUAAGGAAUAGACCAGUAGGCGAACGAAUGACUUCAACACCCAAAAAAAUUUAGAUCACCAAGAUCUUUUAUGGAAAAUCGAGUACCAAGCUAUUUGAUAAAUUCUUUAACAUACCGUGAGUAGUUGCCAGUAAUUAUGAGAUCGUCAACAUAAAUAACAAGAUAGAUAAUAACUCUAGCUUUUGCAAAGAUGAAGAGACAAAGAUCACACUGAGAGUAAUGAAAACCAAAAGAUAAAAGAUAAGCUUUCAGUUCAUCAUACCAGGCACGUGGAGCCUACUUCAAGCAAUAGAUAACCUUAUGUAACCGACAAAUAUGAUUGGGAAUUUCUCAUUGACAAAUCCAGGUGGAUGAGUCAUGUAAAUUUCCUUAGAUAAUUGCCCAUGUAAAAAUGAAUUAUUGAUAUCCAAUUGCCCAAGAGGAGAAAGAACUACUCUCACUGUAGUAUACUUAGCAACAGGAGAAUAGGUCUCAAAAUAAUCCACACCAGGCUGUUGAAGAUAACCUUUAGAAACCAAUCGAGCUUUAUAACGUCCAAUGCUCUCAUCCGAAUUAUACUUAACAUGAAAUACCCAUUAAGAACUCACUAGUUUGGCAUGAGGGACGAGUGGCACAAGAGACCAAGUACCUUAAAUUUGUAAUGCUUCAUUCAUAGCCUGUCGCCAAUUUGGAUCUUUUAAGGCUUGACGAACAGUGCGAGGCUCUAUAGGUUUAGGUAAGGAAGAAAACUAUUUUGGCUUGGUGAGGUUUUUGGUUGCUAGAGGUAAUGGAAUUGAUUUGGUUAAUGGUGAGACCUGGGAUAUAUUGGGAUUAGCAGAAUCAUGAACAGUAGCACUAAGACACAAUUUCUGAAUAGGUUUAUGAAUGUUAUUCUUUGAUCGGGUAAUCAUGGGAUGAGAGGGUUGAAUGGUCAAAUUUUGAUUUGCACAUUGGUGUUAUCUGCCAAGGAGGAUUCAGCAGAAGGUACAUAGGCAGAACAAGCACAUGAUGAUGAAGAAAAAGAGAUAUACCUGAUGACAUAGACUCCCAAUUUCGUUUGAUAAAGAAGCAUUGCCAGGUGCACCACUGGAAUAUGUGGGACCAAGGGGCGCUGGAGUAGAGGU